GAGAUCAACUUACAAGACUUAUAUGGGCCAAAUUGUAUGACUAUCAUGUUAAAGCUGAAAGCAAUUGGUUCCUUUACAAGCUAUGCCAAAACAAAAUUCAAUGUCUCAGUCGAACGUAUAGGCUGAUUUCUCUGUAAUUUCCAUGAAAGAUAGAUAAACUCUUACCACAAUUCACUGCAUAUCAAAAGUUGUCAAUUUAUGCUCAAGUCUAAACCAUUCAGGUUACACAGUAUAUCAAAUGCUUUGAUUCGCAUUUUCUUUUACUAUAUUUUGUCCACUACACACAAUGAUUAAAAAAUGAGAAUGGACCUAUCUUUCAGAGCAUUUAUUUAUUAGUAUUAUUUUAUAAAAUUAUUAUGUUUUAAAGAAAGAGACUUUGAAGAAGACGACUUAGCAAAGACCAAAACCAAGAAAUUACAUAGGAACAAGCCAAGAAGGUACUUACAGAAUUUAUUUUGCUUGUAAUAUAUUACAACCUCUGAAACAUCAUCUUUCUUGCAAACUCUACUCGAUCUCCAAUCAUGGAAGAUUGUCGAUUCGAGACGAGUGAGUUACAAGCGUCGUUGAUGAUGUCGACACCGUUAUUUACCGAUUCUUGGAGUUCAUGCAACGCCGCCAAUUGCGAUGGCAGUAUAAAGAUCCAGCUCAUCGCCGGAAUUACGUACGUUGCUAUACCGGCGGUGCCGAUGAUUCAGUUGGGGGAUCUUGUGGGCUUGCCAGUCGCCGGAGAUUUUCUUUUCCCCGGCUUAUCCUCCGAUGAGCAUCUGCCUAUGGUCGACGCUGCCAUACUUAAUCUCUUUUUUCAAUUAAAGAUCAAGGAAGUAUUGGAAUUGGAAUUGGUAGGAAGAAAGCUGGUGGUGAUAACCGGCCAUUCAACCGGCGGCGCAGUGGCCGCUCUCACCGCACUUUGGCUUCUAUCUCAAACUUCUCUGCCGUCAUUCCGCGUUUUUUGCAUCACCUUUGGCUCUCCUCUGCUCGGAAACCAAUCUCUCUCUACCUCAAUUUCACGAUCACGUUUAGCACAUAACUUCUGCCACGUGGUUUCCAUCCACGACCUCAUUCCUAGAAGCAGCAAUGAACAAUUCUGGCCCUUUGGAACUUUUCUCUUCUGUUCCGACAAUGGAGGUGUCUGUCUAGACAACGCUGAUUCUGUUCGUCGGAUGUUUCAUAUCCUCAACGCCACGGGAACUCCAAACAUCGAGGAACAUCAGAGGUACGGACACUAUGUGUUCACACUUUCUCACAUGUUUCUUAAAUCUAGAAGCUUUCUUGGUGGGAAUAUCCCCGACAAUAGCUACCAAGCUUGUGUUGCGUUAGCCGUUGAAGCUCUAGGUUUCUCUAAUGAUGACACAAGUGGUGUAUUAGUCAAGGAAUGUAUAGAAACAGCUACAAGAAUUGUUCGGGCUCCGAUUCUGAGGUCAGCCGCAUUAGCCAAUGAUCUUGCUAGUGUCUUGCCAGCAAGACUUGAGAUUCAAUGGUACAAAGAUCGUUGCGACGCAUCAGAAGAGGAGCUCGGUUACUACGAUUUCUUCAAACGAUAUUCGUUGAAACGAGACUUUAAGGUGAACAUGAGUCGCAUAAGACUAGCUCAGUUUUGGGACAAAGUGGUUGAAAUGGUGGAGACGAAUGAGUUACCUUUUGAUUUUCAUCUAGGAAAGAAAUGGGUUUACGCGUCUCAAUUUUAUCAACUCUUAGCCGAGCCACUCGACAUUGCGAAUUUCUACAAAAACAGAGAUAUAAAGAGUGGUGGACAUUACUUGGAUCAGGGGAAUAGACCUAAAAGGUAUGAGGUGAUUGAUAAAUGGCAGAAAGGAGUUGCAAAGCCCGAGAAGUGUGAGAGAAGCAUAUACACGAGCACUACGCAAGAUACUUGCUUUUGGGCUAAGCUUGAAGAAGUAAAAGAGUGUUUGGAUGAGGUGAUAAAAGAGAGUAGUGAUGCGCAGAGGCGAUCUUUGUUAUGGGAAAAGAUUGUUCGGUUUGAGAGAUAUGCGAAUACAUUGGUGAAGAAGAAGGAGGUUUCUAAGGAUGUUAAGGCGAAGAAUUCGAGUUAUAGUGUGUGGGUGGAAAAUCUGAGAGAGUUCAAGGUCAAAAUGGGUUAUGUAAAUGAAAUUGAGAUGGUUGAUGAGAGUGACGCAAUGGAGACUUCGUAGGAUUAAUAGCAAAUCUAAUGUUUGAUAUAUGCUAUAUAACAAUCUGUAUCAUUGUUGUUCAUCAUGUUUAUGCAAAAGACUUUCUGUUCUAUUUUAAAACAAUAAUUAUCAUUAAUGUUCAACAAGUUUCUGCAA